AUGAAGGAAACACAAACAGCUCAAUUAAUUGGUGAAAAUGCUCAAUUAAUUAUAGAAAAUGUUAAAAGGGAGGAAAAGUUUGGUACUUCAUUAUCUCAUUUAUCUGUUCGGGACACAUUUAUUUGGGCUGUUGAACACGACGAACUUGCAAUAAUGGAUCAAUUAAGAAAACAACACAGACUUGUUGAUAAACAAGUUUUCCUUUGGACAAUUGAAGGAUUUGCUCUUGCUGGUAAAUGGCAACAAUUGGAACAAUAUGCACGUUCAAGAAAGAGUCCAAUAGGAUUUUUGUCAAUUAUUGAAUUGUGUACAAAAUAUGGAGACAAAAAUUUAGCAACGCGUUUUAUGGAUAAAUUGACGGGUUAUGAGGAACAAGUUCGCGCCUAUUUAAUUAUGAACGAAAUAAAAAAAGCGGCAACACUAGCAGCAGAGAAAGUUGACUUAACAAUGCUACAAUUAAUUAGAAGGAGAGUUCCGCCAUCAUCCCAACAAUGGACAGAAGUUACAAAAAUUAUUGAGAAUUUGGGUAGAACUAAAUAA